AUGGCCGACCAGCUCACCCAGAUACCCGCCUUGGUUACACCUACACUUCAGCGUCACAACAAGAGACGCCGCUCGACAUCGAUUGCGCCAGAGCAAGCUGUUUUUCUUCCUGGCGCCGGCUCGUCAAAUGAUGAGAACGAUCCGACAACCACUCCACACGAACAGCGCCACCCCGACGACACCACUAUACAUAGGCGCACGAGGAAAGCCCAUGGGGUCAAGCGCCGACGUAUCGCUGGCGACUUCAACCCCGUCCACGGCCCUGGUUUCUCUCGUUCAUCCGACCUGAAAGAGGUGCGAUCACAGAUUGCGCCGACUGCAAACCCAUCAAGCAUUGAUCCCGUCUCAGGCGGCGAUCAUCCCAACAAAGACAUCACCGCCCUCCCUGUCGAAUAUAUACCAUCUCAACCCAACCCCGUUACCAAGACUCUGAAGCAGACUCCUCAAACACCAGGUGGAGACCGCAAGAAGAAGUUCAAAGUCUGGGAAGACGAGCCGCAGCCGUCUAAACCCGAAGACCCAACACCCGCUGCCGCAAAGUUGCUGCAAGAUAUCACCAACACCGGAGCUCCACGCAUGUGUCGCCGCGUAGAGGGGUAUACGCCGCGGUUCCGCGCGCAAGAGGCUGAUUACUAUUAUCAUCCCAACCUCAAGGACUUCCACUUUCCACAGGGCGUCGCCGCAUCCACUGAGGAGGCUGUCGAAGAAGCGGCUCGGAGUGAGCGAGACGCGCCUACCGCAGAAGCAGAACAAGAGACCCAAGACGCACAACUAGAGAUUGCACAGUCAUUGAAGCGGAAAGCCGAUGACGACCUUCGAGAGCGUGGUGCAGAGAAGCUGAGGAAGCUUAAUGGCCAACAACCUUUGCCUUGGAUAGUCCAUGGCAAGAUCCGACAUGAUCCAGCUCAAGACUUUGAGACUGAGUACUUCACCAUAUCCACCCCGUCGCUACCCUCAGAGCCCGUGGAGGAUGUGUUCAACACGGUAGAAUCGGGGCAAUCCCAGAAAGAGAUUGAUGCAGCGCUUGAGACGAUUAAAGCGCAACAGUUGCCAACACCCAUCUCCGAGCCCGUAUCCAACGAGGUGUUGUCGCCUCUUAUAUAUUACAACCUGAACCCAUCCAGCAUAGUCCAUGUACCGGGGGACGAUGAGCUAGCCCUGGACAAAUCAGAGUCAGGAUCUCUAGAUUUGGAUGCUAUCUUGAUGGGAAUGACACCAAAUGACACAUGCCCCAUCGUCGAGGAAGAUGCUUUUGAAGGAUUCGGUACCUACAAACCACCGACAUCGCAAGACGAUGACAUCCCCGCCGGCAACAAAGCUGCAUUCGCUGGCUUUGGUAACUACCAACCACCGCCACAAACCGUUGCUGCUGCAUCUCCCGCGGUCGGGAACGACGCAUUUAAAGGGUUCGGUACCUACAUCUCACCGCCAACAGAAAACAAAGAACUCCCCGUCGUCAACAAAGAUGCAUUCGAGGGAUUUGGUAUUAACCAACCACCGCCACCGAUCGUUACUGUUGCAUCUCAGCCCGCUCCAAAGAUCGUGACCACAGUUCCAUCUUUGAUAGAUAGGAACAACCAGCCCAUCAUCAAAAUGGGUGUAGCCUACAGCGAAGGCUAUGACCCAAGAAACCCGCAGAACUUCAAGCACUACCUCGCCCAGUUCACCGAUCGACCUGCGGUUUCGCGACCACGAGAGCGCGAGUAUCGCCCAAUGCCAGAGAUGUUGGAGAUCGAGACUCUGAACCAGCGAUUAGACUGGGUAGUCCCGAAUGGAGCAGAAGCUCCCCACCUUUUCCGCGACAUGACAGCACCACCACCUCACAUCGACUCAGAGUUAGCUCGUUGUGUUCGCUUCGCCCAUUCCGACGCGCAAAGACGCGUUAACUGGCGAGCGCAUCCCACCCAUGUUGCCGAAAUUAUCCAGCGCACCAACUUCUACGGAAUGGAAUUGCUGGUCAGUCGGAACGAAAUGCACAUCUCGUCACCCCCGACGGCAGACGAGUUUGAGCUAGCCAUGGCAACUCGGCUGGCACAUAUAUCCUUCGGCAUGGACACGAAGGACUAUAUUGCGGCUGAUGUGCCAGCUAUCAUGGAUUACUUCAUGGAGAAUCCUCCGUCGGCGAUAAGCGUCUUCCCAACAGAAGAGGAAGACUGCUUUCGCGCCUUCACGGAUUAUUAUCGCGUUACGUUCGAAGAGAAUUAUCCACCAUUGAAUGCUCUCGGCUUGCCAGAAUGGCAGACCUUGCUGGAUGCUGAGGAGGGCAAGCCCUCUCUCAAAGCACAAACCUUACAAGGCAUCGUCCAGUCCAUCAAAGGGCUGGCUCCACACUGCCCUGGCGAUGCAGAAGGGACAGAUAUCCUCAAAGAUCAGGUCUCUCACGAGAAGCCUGACUUGAGAUAUGCGCAUCUCGAUAACGCUCGUCUGGAACUUAGCCAGGCCCUAGGCGUGGGUAGGGACGGCUUCAACGGAGACCCACAGUGGCCCGAUCAGCUGACCAGCGCCGUCUUACCCAGCGUGGCUCAGAACGAGGAAUUACAGCAUUACGAUGCAAAUCCAGCUUCUUACUGGAACAACACAGAAGCUCCAGGGGAUAAUCCCCAUCCUAUUGUACCCGAAGCAGAUGCAAGGGUUGAAGAUGUGCACGGCGAUUACUACGGCCCAGAGGGCUGGUUUCGCGCCGAUGCGAACACGCUGAUGCCAUGGGAUUCUGGCCUAGAUGUCAUACCACCAGGUUUCAGCGCAGCUCCAUUGGACUAUGGUGCUAUAGGGGAAUACUUCAAUCCGUCGGCAUUCGGCGCGUUCAACGAUGCUGAGCCGGAAACACUGUUGUAA